GGCGACGCAAACUACGUCUACGAUAAACAGACGACGUAAUGUGCUCCUAGUGUACGAAUUACUUGUCCGGCAACAGAAAACCGAGAAACUGGUAUUGGAUGGGAGCACGUACCAUGUUUUCAAAGUUUAAAAGUAGCAGUGCACCAAAUGCUCUCGAAUCAAAUCCAAUAUGGCACUAUUUUGAAGUCGGAAAACAAUCGGCGACUGCUGGUCCGGAACAAGUUUGGCGGAUCCUCGACGCGUAUCGCAAGAGCGAUGGAAAGGAAGUGUCAAUAUUUCUUUUUGAGAAACGAUCGGCGGAAAAAUUGCAUAAACCUAAGCGAAAAGAAACGGUCACUGAAAUUUUACGAGGUGGUGUUCGUCAGCUGGAACGUUUCCGGCAUCCAAAAAUCUUGCAGGUGAUGCACACAGUCGAAGAAUGUUCGGAGACACUUGCAUUCGCCUCGGAACCAGUUUUGGCAAGUCUCGCGAAUGUUCUUGCAUUUCAGGAAGCAACCGCAAUCGCUAACGCACAAUCCUCAACUACGACUCAGCAAAAUGUACAAGCUCGUCCGAUGUAUACCAAAGAAUAUGACAUGCUUGAUAUAGAACUAAAAUACGGAUUAUUACAGAUAACAGAAGCUUUAUCGUUCCUCCAUUACAGCGGUCACGUUCUACACAGGAACGUGUGUCCGAGCAGUAUCUUGAUUACAAAAAAAGGCACUUGGAAAUUGGCUGGUCUCGAUUUUAUUGAACGUGUGAAUGAAAUUGAUGGUCUGGAGCCAGUUACAUGCCAUCCUUGGACGUCUAGGCUGCCUAAAAUGGCUCAGCCUAAUCUCGAUUAUAUUGCUCCGGAAGUUCAACAGGACUCAAUAUGUAGCAUAUUGAGCGACAUGUUCAGCCUGGGAAUGGUCAUCUGCGCGGUAUUCAACCAAGGUCGUUCCUUGAUACAAUCGAAUCAUAGCUGCUCUGCUUAUUUAAAGCAAAUUGAAGGCCUAGAAGAACAUGUGAACAACAUUCUACCACGAGUUCCUGUACCUCUUCAAGAAGCUGUUGUCAGGCUUCUCCAUAAAGACAGGAGACAACGGCCUACAGCGCAACUUCUCUCGCUGAUAAAAUAUUUCAGCGAUCCAUCUGUCCAUGCCCUUCAGUUUCUCGAUGUGAUAAAUAUGAAGGACCCUACACAAAAGACUCAUUUCUAUAAGAAUACUCUGAAGGAAGUGCUUCCAUAUAUUCCUAGAAAACUAUGGUAUCAACAUAUUUGGCCAUACCUUCAACUGGAGUCAAAGUCUCAAGAGGUACUUGCCGCAGUCUUACAGCCCAUGUUGUACAUAAUUCAAGACAGUACAGUUGAAGAAUACGAGUCAAUAAUACUACCGACAUUCAGAGCAGUCUUCUCGACUCCAAAAUCGAUACAAGCUACGGUAAUAUUGUUGGAAAAUUUGCAUCUAAUAUUGGAGAAGACUCCGCGUGACGAUAUCCGAUCAGAAGUCUUGCCCAUGCUGUACGCGUCAUUUGAAAGUACAACGACUCAAGUCCAGGCCGCAGCCUUGGUCGCUGUAUCAAACGUCACCGAAUAUCUAGAUGACAUGGCCAUACGACGUAUGGUUUUACCGAAAUUGAAGGGAGUAUUUGAGAAGAAUUCAGGCGACGUCAGAAUCAUGUCGAACGUUUUGUCGUGCAUCGAGUGCAUAUUGGAGCGGCUUGACAAGCAGCAAAUUAUCGACGAAGUGCUGCCUCUGUUAUGGGAGGUCAAACUUCAGGAGCCCGAAAUUGCUAUUCGGGUUGUAAACAUUUAUAGGCUGAUGUUGAACGACAAGAAAUAUGGACUUUCUGUAAAUUUAAUGGCAACACGCGUAAUGCCGUCUUUGCUGCCUCAGACAGUAAAUCCUGCUUUAAAUUUAGAGCAAUUUACUAUUCUCCUAGAAGUGUUACAAGAAAUGCUGAAUCACAUAGACAGAAAUCAAAGAAACAAAUUGAAAUUGGACAAUCUGUCGCUUCCGAGUCCAGAAAGACAUCGUCCAUUGCGUCAUCAAUAUAGCUCUGAUAACAUGCACGCACCUCCAUUCAACAUUCCCAAUCUACGUAUCGAACAGAGAAAAACAUCGUCGGCCGAAGACAUGGCUAGAAAGAACUCAAUUGGUUCGAUGUCGAUGACUGCGUCAGCUGAAAAUAUGGCUAGAAAAAAUUCCAUGGCUGGCAUGCUUGGAAGCUGGUGGUUCGGUUCGUCGUCCUCUACAAACGACGGAAAUUUCUUGCGCGUGGCAAACGCUUUUCCGAACCGUCGGCUUUCGGACAACACCCUGAUGACGCCGAAAAUACGCAUAGCUCCUUCUUGCGCCAGCUCACCCGGCGGUACUCCGGGAGGAGGUUUACCAAUUCGACGCCAUUCUAGCACCGGGCCCCAAGAGCGGCGCGGGUCAAAUAUUAACCUUUCACCGCCAACGGGUGGUGGUAUGCCGAUCACGAGUAGUAGUGUUCCAUAUCUGCUAAGUUCAAGCAUGAACAGCAUUCGUGGCACUCGGCGGCCAUCCGUGUCGUCGACAUCUUCGCAGCAAGGCAGCGGGCUGCUUCACCAGUUUGGCUCCGGCAUGUAUCAACUAUUCUCUGGACGUUCAUAAAGACGUACGUGCCAACAAGCUAUUUGUUACAUUCGUAUGGAUAUUUCGUAUGAAUUCAAGUCCAAAACAACAAAAUGUGAGUAACAUCUGAAGCAUGAAAUGAAUGGAUAGCAUAAAGCAAUAGCAAUAUAAGAUUCCUGGAGACGGAUGAUAAAUACCCGGGAGUUAGUUUUGUAUAAUUAUUUCAUCAUUUUUUAUCAAGCGAAGAAUCGGGAGCGAAUAGAAAUAUAAUUACUUCAAUUUAAUGUUAAGAUUUUUGUCAACAGUGCUUGCCAUCACUUUUACAUCUAGGAUAAGGCUGCCUGCACAUUUCUAUAUUUACCGAUAAAUAUUAUGUACGCUUACUAGCGAUAGUUCCAUUGAUUUUGACACGUAACUAACGCAUAAUUACCGAAAUUAUCGUCGCAUUUAAUUGUGACGUGUAUUUAAUUGUCUAACAAAUAUCGGGCUUCGCACCUUAAAACGCGGAAUUUUCCAAUCAUGGAUGUUACAUAAAAGAAGUACAGUGUUAUUUUCUUGGCGGGUAUAUUUCUAGUAGCCUUAUCCUAACGACGAUGCAUAUCCAGAUCAGAAUCGCAAAGGUAUUUAUUAUAAGCAUAUUAUGGUAUAUAAAAUAAUAAAUUGAUAAGAUGAAAAAUCUAAAUUCUAAAAGAACUGCGUCUUUCAAAUAGGGAAAAGAAAGAAUAAACAGUCGAACUUAUUUCGUUAGCUCAUCUACUGGAAAUCGGUAUCUGACAAUUACUGAUCUGUUUGGCUGCAGUAACUUAUAUCUGAUAUACAAAUUAAUAUUCAAUAUCAGAUAUAGAAAUUACGUGAGUAUAAAUAGUGGCAUGAAGUAUGAAAUAUCAGGGAAACCUCUGACAGGAAAGUUACAUUUACCCCUCCAAAGCCUGCCAGUAAAAUGUGUCAAUUUCAGUAUAAAUUAAUGUGACUGUCUCUUAUUCUUAUAUUCAACUCUGCGUGAGAACCCUACACGUAUUAUAUAUUUGUGUUAUGUGUGUAACACAAAUAUGUCUUUGGCCUAUUACACAGCCUAUUAUGUCCUAAUUACUCAAGCUUUAAUAGUGAGGAAUAAGAUAAAAAUAAAUGUCUAGUCAAAAACUUCGACUUGUUAGUCGAACUCUUAUAUUGUAUAUCGUAUAUUAUACGCG